GUCAGGGGAGGACACUCCCAGAGACAUGUAAAGCUGUGACUUUUGCCGGGGGUUCACAUUCCUGCUCCCCUCAUGCGCAAAGGGACAAAGUCUGCAGACAGGGCUGUGGGAUGGCCAGGGCUCUGCUCGGCAGCUGUGCCCUGCCCUGCUGUGGUACACGGAGGGAAAGGGUGGUGGGCACCAAGACUGGCAUGAAGGAAGGUCAGGUGGGCAUGGCAGCAGAGAUGGCACUGAGCCACCGAGCACCCCGUGAGGUGCUGAGUGAGGCUGAACUGGAGGAGGUGGCGCAGAGGAAACCUCCCGCCAAGCCCUCGGUGCGUCUCCGCAAGAUCAGAUGCACGGGCUCCGCUGCCAAGUCCCUGCUGUUCCGUUUCCUGCCCUUCCUGUACUGGCUGCCCCGCUACCCAGUCAAGGACUGGCUCCUGGGGGACAUUACUUCAGGCUUCAGUGUGGGCAUCAUGCACCUGCCCCAGGGUCUUGCCUAUGCACUGCUGGCUGGGUUGCCACCUGUCACCGGUCUCUACUCUUCCUUUUACCCUGUCUUCCUCUACUUCUUCUUCGGGACAUCAAGGCACAACUCUGUGGGUCCUUUCGCCGUCAUCUCUGUCAUGAUCGGGAGCUUGACGGAGUCCCUGCUGCCUAGUGAGAACUUCCUGGAGUCUGUCAAUGGCAGCAACGCCACAGUCAAUGAGGCAUUGCGGGAUGCUGCCAGGGUGGAGCUGGUGGCCACCGUCACUGUCCUGACAGGCAUCUUCCAGGUGGCCCUGGGUCUCCUGCAGUUUGGAUUUGUGGUGACCUACCUCUCGGACCCGUUGGUGCGUGGCUACACCACUGCUGCCUCCGUGCAUGUCCUCGUCUCCCAGCUCAAGAAUGUCUUCGGGGUCUCCGUGGGCGAGUACUCAGGGCCACUUUCAUUGUUUGAGACUGUCAUUGAGAUUUGCAAGAAGCUGCCACAGACCAACGUGGGCACCCUGGUGACUGCCAUCAUUGCCAUGGUGGCCAUCUUCAUUGUGAAAGAGCUCAACCACAAGUUUGCCGCCAAGCUGCCCAUGCCCAUCCCCAUCGAGCUUAUCACGAUCAUCAUCUCCACUGGCAUCUCCUACGGUGUCAACCUGAAUGACAAGUUUGGCAUCUCUGUGGUGGGCACCAUCCCCAGCGGGUUGAAGCCACCUGUGGUCCCUAAUUUCAGCUACUUUGGGCAGGUGGCAGGCAAUGCCUUUGCCAUUGCCGUGGUUGGCUAUGCCAUCUGCAUCUCCCUGGGCAAGAUCUUUGCCCUGAAGCAUGGCUACAAAGUGGACAGCAACCAGGAGCUGAUUGCGCUGGGCCUCUGCAACUUCCUGGGAGGUUUCUUCCAGUGUUUUGCCAUCAGCUGCUCCAUGUCGCGGAGCCUGGUACAGGAGACCACAGGUGGCAACAGUCAGGUAGCUGGUGUCCUCUCAUCCCUGGUCAUCCUGGUGACCAUCCUGAAGAUCGGAGAGCUCUUCUACGACCUGCCCAAGGCCAUCUUGGCUGCCAUAAUCAUCAUCAACCUCAAGGGCAUGUUUAAGCAGUUCAGUGACCUCAGUAUGCUCUGGAAAUCCAACCGAGUGGACCUGAUGGUCUGGAUUGUGACAUUUGUGGCCACCCUCCUGCUGAACUUGGACAUUGGCCUGGCGGCCUCGGUGGCCUUUGGGCUGCUCACGGUCAUCUUCCGCACCCAGCUCCCCCACUACUCCGUUCUGGGGCGCAUCUCCAACACCGAUGUCUACAGGGAUGUGGCGGAAUAUGAGAUGGCACAGGAGGUCCCUGGCGUGAAGAUCUUCCGCUCCUCCUGCACCCUCUACUUUGCCAAUGUGGAGCUGUACGCUGAUGCCCUGAAAAAGAAGAGCGGCAUCAAUGUGGACCGCCUCAUUCAGAAGAAGAAGAAAGCCCUCAAGAAGCUGAAGAAACAACAGAAGAAAGCGGAGAAGGAAAAGGCAAAGAGGAAAAAGAACACAGAGGACGGUCCAGGCGUGGCAGUGAUUGAAUUGAGUGCAGGGGAGAGCAGUGCGCCCUCGGAGCCCACCCUGCGCAGCCUGGGGCUGCCCCAGCCCAGCUUCCACGCCGUCAUCUUGGACUUCAGCUCUGUCAGCUUCGUGGAUACUGUCUCCAUCAAGAUCCUGAAGAAUAUCUUCAGGGAUUUCCGUGACAUAGAAGUGGAUGUCUUCAUUGCCAGCUGCCCGGGUGAGGGGGAUCUGCAGAGCCAUGAGCCCCUGAUGGGCAUGGCCACCCCUCCUGCACACAGCUGCUGGCCUGGGGGACCCUCCAUGGUGUUCCAAUGCCCAGGGUUUCCCCAGGGGAUGGGUGCUGCAGGUUGUCCCAUGGAUCCAAUCUGAGCGUGGGUCCCUAGUGCUGAUCCUGGUGUUCCCCCACAACACAGGAGGCGGGAGGCUGCUUCGGGUCGGGGGUGGGGGGCUUAGCUAGGUGCCAUCACUUUAGAUGCUUCUCCCUCCACACAGGGCCCGUGCUGGCCCAGCUGGAACGGGGCAACUUCUUCAGCUCAACCAUCACCAAGCACUCCUUCUUCCCCUCUGUGCAUGACGCCGUGGAGCAUGUCAGCAGGGAGCGGCGCCA